AUGAUUCGACAAGCAAAGGAACAGGAUUGCCAUGGACUUUACAAUUUAUCUAUAGAACUCUUAAGGAAUCACGAAAAUCAGGGUGAGAAUACAUGGAUAAGCUUUGAGAAUUUUCAAGGUCUUAUAAAGGAAGGGUUCGUUAAAUUCUAUGUGAUUAUCGAAGAGAAUGUUGAAAGUGCUGACGGUGGCUAUGAAUUUGAACAGAGGCCUGCUAAAUCUCGAAGCGUUGUGGUAGAAGAGAAAGCCGAUGGCUAUGUUGCCUUCAUGGAUGAUUAUGAUGUUUAUUUUGGAGGUCCGGGAAUUCUUGUUGACCAAUUCUAUGUCAAGGAGGAGUGUCGUGGUAAAGGCUAUGGGAAGAAGCUCUUGAAUGAGGUUUACAAGCAGGCGUUGGCACAAGAUGCUAAGUACAUCAAACUAUUCUUCCAGGAGAGAGAAGACAGAAAUAUCAUUUAUAAACGCCUUGGAUAUAAAAAUUACUCCUCGUCGGCUCCAUUCCAUCGGCUUCUCGAGAUUUACCGUCCUUGCAAUAUAAGGCAAAUUUUGGGACUGGAUGUAUUUGACGAUUUCAAUAGAACGCGAAAGAAAACCAAACACUCCCGGAUACAGAUAUCGCAGUAUAAAGAAGGUGACUAUAACUAUAUUGUAAAACACCUUAAGCUCCUUUCUGAUUUGGAGAAUAAAGAAAAUUGCCAGUUUCCUAGCCCGGAUUUAGUAGUUGUUGCGAAGUAUCCCUCGGAACCUCACCCACCUUCUGAACAGUCAACAAAACUUUAUGUCAAGAAGCUCCUCGGGCCAGAAUGGAUGGGAGUCAAUGGAGACCCCUGGGUUAUACAGACUGAAAUAUCGGAAAUUUCCAAGGCACGUGAUUCAACUCUUCAAAUAUGCGGGUUUGUGGAACGUCCAUCGAUUUGUUGCUGGUUGGGGCAUAAACUCACUUUUAGUAACUUCGUUGGAGAUCUAAGCUUGAUAAACAAGGAUUUGAUAGUAGGAAGAGUACGCUAUUGGAAUCCUGAAUGGGGACCUAUUCUAGCCGUCGAUUUUGAAGUAUCUGCCGACGAAGGUGAACCAACCGCGGAGAAUAAUGUCUUAGUCCGAACCCUAAAGUCCCUUGGACCCAUUGAUGAGGAUAAAUGGAAUUGUGCUAUUUUGGAAGAAAAACAAAUUCGCUCGAAUCUUGUAAAGGAGACCCGAUGA